AUGCAGACAAAGCAAUCCCUAGCCUACAUCUCCGACGUCGGUGCCUCCGAAUGGGGCAAGCCGCUCUUCAUCACUGGCUCAGCAAUCACCGUCUGCAGCUUCAGCGCUGCCUUCUUCACCGAACGCUGGCUCCGCCACAAAGGCCUCCUCAUCCACGCCAGUAGCUUCUGGGGCAGCACCAUGUCCGUCCUCGCCUCCUUCUUCACACUCAUGGGCGCCGCGGGCCUCAUGAACCUCACCAUCUGGGACGCAAGAAACCACACCCACGUCCACGACCCUUCCAUCGGAGUCUUCAUCGGAGGCUACCUACUUGCGGCAAUCUUCAUGUGUUUAGAGAAACACCGCAUUUCCCUCAAGUUCCCCUCCAAUCCUCUCAUCCGACGCUCCUACAUCGUCAAGCUCUGUUUCAUCCUCAUCGAACUCGGCCUCACGGCGAUCUUCGGCUGCACGGCUCUCACGGGCUUCACGAACCUCUCCGUCGUUUUCGAGUGGUUCGUCGCUCUCUUCUUCAUCUUCUACAUGUGGAGCUUCGCCAUGGAUUUCUUGCCUAUCCCUGGUACGCUGGGCAUGGGAGUUGGCAUGCAAGGGACCGAGGUCGAAAUUGGACUGGACAAUGAUCAGGUGGAAUUGGUGGGGGAUUCGGAGAAAUUGUGGGAGUUGGAAUUGGUUAGUGUGCAGAGGCCCGGGACGGCUUGGGGCGGGAAGAGGGUUCUUACGACUCGUACGAAGACCCUAGGUUGGGAUGAUGGGAUGGAUGGGAGUACUAAGAUUGUGAAGUUGCGAUAG